CGUUCUAUCUAGAAACAGAUAUACAUCAGUAAUACCCUAUACACUUGCUGUGUUGCUUCUUUUCUUCUCCCUUGAUCUGCCCAACGCUACCCAGGAGCAAUGCCUCCGUGCAGAGCUCUAUUGCGCAUGGUGCGCCCUCACACUCAAAGCUCUGUUAAAUGCGACUUCCUAUCAGCUGCCAUCCCCGCGCCGCGCCAACAGCCCAUUUCCACGACCACUCCUUCAAGGAAUGCUUCAAGGAAUGCUUCAAGGAAUGCUUCAAGGAAUGCUUCAAGGAAUACUUCACGGCACCCUGCAACCAAGACAAGCCCAACCGGCUCCUCAAGCUCCCCAGAUUCCAAACCUAGGAAGCCACUGACCAGGGAACAGCGUGAUUUCCUCUCUUCUGCGCUCCGCGUCAACCAAACCGGCGAAUUGGCAGCGACCCUCAUCUACACGGCACAGACACCUCCGCUCGUGAACGCACACCCCCACCUCCGACCCCUGAUGGCGCACAUGUACGAACAAGAGGCUGGCCACUUGAGGACAUUCAAUUCGUUAAUAACGAAACAUCGCGUGCGUCCCACCGCUCUGUACCCCCUCUGGUCCAUGAUGGCCACAGGACUUGGUUGGUCCACCGCCAUGAUGGGGCGUGAGGCAGCCAUGGCGUGUACCGAGGCUGUCGAGACCGAGAUUGGAGAGCACUACAACAACCAGAUCCGGAAUCUACUCGAGAUCUUCGAGCAAUGGGAGGCUGAGGGCUACGAAGUGGGGGACGAGUUCCGGGAGCUCAUCACGACUCUCAGAAGGAUACGUGACGAGGAACUUGAGCAUCUAGACCAUGCAGUUGAGCACGACGCCAAGGCAGCACGGCCAUAUUGGUUACUCACCAGUGUAAUCCGCGCUGGAUGCCGAGGCGCAAUCUGGACCAGCGAGAGGGUGUAGUUGGUGUCAGCAUAAUUACUAAUGUCGUUGAUGACAGAAAGCUAAACGACUACGACUGCGAGAGAAAUCAUUAUGUUAGCGACGUCUUUCAAGUGAAGAUGAACAAGUAGUUGUGUAAUUGCGUCUCCGAGUUCCCGGACCGCCAAGCAAUAUCAGUGCACAGUAAUUCUAAGAUGCCAGGGGUCCAUAGAAGACUCGUCAGGCAGAACAGUCAACCUGAUGUAAAGAAAGAAUAAAAUGAAUGAAUGAUUAAAUUACACAAUAAGACCUUAGAAAGUAAAGAUUGCUAGUUUCGUAAUUUAGCGCCCAGGUGGUAUUGUAAUCGUUU